AAGUGAGAGGUAGAGAAAAAAAAAAGACUAGUGGGAAUGAUUUAAUCAGGGAGGAAAAGUAUUUCUUACAAAACUUUAGAAGGAGUAAAAGGCUUCGUUUACAGUAGAGAGAUUCAUCGACCUGUUUACGAGAAAUUUAAAAACUAGUGACUCACACGUGGGGUGUUAGUUGCACUUGGACUGGUUUUAUUUUUUUGACAUAACUUUUUUUUCUACUACGCAUUUUCCUUUCGGUGAGUUUUAAUUAUUAACUACCAAAACUUACUAUUACACCACACAUUAUUACAAUACUAAUUAUGAUAAUUGCAUCAUUAGAGAGUUUAUAUAUACCCCACUCCAUUCCAUAUCUAUAUGCAUCCAGAUUAAGAGAGAAGGGAAAGAGAUGGAGAUCCCAGUGAUAGAUUUCGAUGAGCUUGAUGGAAAGAAAAGAAGCAACACAAUGGCUCAACUACACCAUGCUUGCGAAAAAUGGGGGUGUUUUCAAAUCAAAAACCAUGGAAUUGACGAAAAGUUGAUGGAGAAAGUGAAGCACUUGGUGAAUACACACUAUGAGGAAAAUUUGAAGCAGGAGUUCUAUGAGUCUCAGGUAGCUAAAAGAUUGGAGAGCAAAGGACAUACCUCUGACAUAGACUGGGAAAGCAGCUUCUUCAUUUGGCAUCGCCCUGUAUCUAACAUGGAACAAAUUGAAAACCUUCCAAAAGACUUUUGCUCAACAAUAGAUGAGUACAUAGUUCACAUGAUUAAACUGGCAGAGAAGCUUUCUGGGCUCAUGUGUGAGAAUCUUGGUUUGGAGAGAGAUCAUAUAAAGGAUGCUUUCUCUGGAACAAACGGUCCUUCUGUGGGGACAAAAGUGGCAAAAUAUCCUCAAUGUCCAAAUCCAGAACUUGUGAGAGGACUUCGAGAGCACACUGAUGCUGGUGGGAUCAUACUUUUGCUCCAAGAUGACCAAGUUCCAGGUCUUCAAUUCUUGAAAGAUGGAGAAUGGAUUGCAAUUCCUCCAUCCAAAAACAACACCAUCUUUGUGAACACAGGUGACCAACUCGAAAUAUUGAGUAAUGGUAGGUAUAGGAGUGUUUUACACCGUGUCAUGGCUGAGAAGAAUGGAAGUAGACUGUCCAUUGCUACCUUCUAUAACCCCGCCGGCGAUGCUAUCAUUUCUCCCGCACCCAAGCUGUUGUACCCAAAUCACAUCCGUUUCCAAGAUUACCUGAAACUUUAUGCAACUACAAAGUUUUCUGACAAGGGACCCAGGUUUGAAUCCAUGAAGCAAAUGGCCAAUGGGUGCAACACUUUUCUAGCCUAAACAGUAUUUACGUGUAAUACUCAUCCAUGCGUGGUUUGUGUGCAACUUUUGUUGUUGCUAUGUUUUAAAUGACCAUCCAAAGAAAAGAAAUACUCAAAUAAAAGAUGUUUCCUUCUUCAUUUGGACAUUACAAACACGUUCCCCUUUCUACUUGGCAUCGUGUGAUGAUUCCAAGCAGUGUUAAGCAUGGAUUAUCCUUUGUACUCUUGUUUUUGUUUUGUUUUCUUUUGGUCAUUAAUGAAGAUUAAAUUUUGUGCUUUA